UUUCAAUUCCAAUGUUUUCAUCUUAUCUUAGUUUUGAGGCACAACUUCUAUAUAGCCUCUGUUUUCUUCCUCUUCUUGUUCAUAAGCGUUACCAUACAUUUCUUUUUCUUCUUGUCUUCACUCUCUACCUUUCUUUCUCAGGAGCUAAAACUCACAAGUGCUUCUUUGCUGGGUCUUCUUCAAGCAAUUGCUGUCAGACUGAUAAAUAAAAAGACUAAUGGUAUAAAAUAGUAUAAAAUUCCUUCGAAAUAUAGUAGAAGAAACCCCCACCAUCUUCAGUGUUCAUUUUAAAGUUUGAAACUUUUCACCAUUUUCGUUAACUGACGGAAAAUGGGAGUUCUGGGUUUUAUCCAUUCAGUUUUCUUGAAAAAAAAAACUGAAUUUUAUCAGUUGCUGGUGUAUUUUGUUCUUGAAAAAUUCCACUCUCUUUUUAAUUGACCACCGACCCUUGUGAUUGAUCCUUCAGUUGAACUGGGAGAAAGGUGGCCUCUGUUAGCGUGUAGUGCUCACAGAUUCUGUCAUGGUGAAUACUGAAGGUGGUGUCCUUUUAAGGCAUAGAAGGUUUGAGAGCUUGUUGAAUACAAGAUCUAGCCAAAGUGUGGAAGAAACUCCAAAAGUUGCAGUGAAAGAUGGACUGGGAGAAACAACAAGGAAGGAUGAUGGGUGGGUUUCUGCAACCAUAUCUUGGAUCAGAAUUGUUACAUGUUUUGUGUCUAUGAUGGUCACGACAUUCGUAUGGGCAAUUAUCAUGGUUGUGCUUAUACCAUGGCCCUAUGAGAGGAUCAGACAAGGAAACAUUUAUGGACAUGUGACUGGUAGAAUUCUGAUGUGGAUUCUUGGUAAUCCUAUAGAAAUUGAAGGUGCUGAAUACUCUAACGAGAGAGCCAUUUACAUCAGUAAUCAUGCGUCUCCAAUAGACAUAUUUCUUAUAAUGUGGUUAACUCCUACAGGCACUGUUGGCAUUGCUAAGAAAGAGAUAAUAUGGUAUCCUUUAUUUGGGCAACUUUAUGUUUUGGCUAACCAUCUUCGUAUAGAUCGAUCCAACCCAACUGCAGCUAUUGAGUCCAUGAAAGAGGCAGCUCGUGCAGUUUUGAAGAACAAUCUGUCGUUGAUCAUUUUCCCAGAGGGUACCAGGUCUAAGAAUGGACGACUACUUCCUUUCAAAAAGGGUUUUGUUCAUUUAGCACUGCAAUCGCGUCUUCCAAUAGUUCCAAUGGUUCUGACAGGUACUCAUCUAGCAUGGAGAAAAGGCAGUUUGCAUGUUAGACCAACACCUCUGACUGUGAAGUAUCUUCCACCUAUUAGUACUGAAAAUUGGAAGGUUGAUAAGAUUGAUGACUAUGUUACAAUGAUACACAACAUGUAUGCUGAACACCUUCCUGUGACUCAGAAGCCUCUGCCUUGAAAAGUUGUAGACUCAGAAGAAUCAGAAUCAGAAUCAAUUUUAAGCUGAAGCAUAUCUUCCAAAAGGGAGCUCUUGUUAACUGCAAUAUGCAUAAAUUGGUUCUAACAAAUGAAAUACCUAAAAUCCUUGCAAAAAGCUUAGCUUCCAUGUCUAAUUUAUUCUCGUGCUCUUAACUGAUAUAUGAAUAUCAAUGUUUACCUUUUGAUCA